AUGGAGGAGAUACGACGACAACUCCUGGAACGCAAGAUAAUGGAGCUUCGGAGUAAGUUACCGUAAAAUUUACGAUUUUUAUUUGAUAGUCUUUGUUAAACAGCCGUAUUUUGUGUGUUUUAGGUAAUGUGGAGAAAUUAAUCCCGUUUGAGGACAAGUUUUUCAACGAGCCCAAAGUCAGCGAUCUGAAAGUCAAAGUUGGAGACAAGACGUUCCAUGUACGAUCUUCGCUCUAAUAAGGGAAGUCACUUUUUUCGCAGACGGACUUUGGAACGGCACCUAGUAGGUUUCAAACGUGAAGUGACUGCGAUCAUAAAACUGAUUUCCAAAAGUGUUUACGGGGCUUCUCGGCCGAGAAAAUCGACCACAAAGUUUAGCCGAAAUGAGCGAAUAGCCUCCUCAAAAGAAACAGCUUAUUUCAUCUGCAGUGGUGGCCGAGUGGUCAGCGCGCUCGCUUUUUGCGCCAGAAGACGUGAGUUCGACUUCGGUCGUCUGCGGAUGCAUUUCUUUUGACAAUUGAAUCAAAUAGAGAGAUGCCGUUAACAUCACAUAACCUAAUUAUUAGCAAUUUUUAAUAAAACACAAAUUUAGAAAGUAUAUCUUCAUCAACCCAGCCCUGUUUUGACUUUACAAUAUUCAUGAACAUUCAGCUUUGAAUUUAUGUUUAAAUUACUGUAAAAAAUUACAAAAGUGUAUACAUUUUAUGUUUGCAUACUAAAUCAAUAUUUACGAACCACAAAAGAAAAUAAACUGCGCAAGGGAUCGAACCCGCCUCUUCUGGCGCAAAAAGCGAGCGCGCUGACCACUCGGCCACCACUGCAGAUGAAAUAAGCCGUUUCUUUUGAGGAGGCUAUUCGCUCAUUUCGGCUAAACUUUGCGGUCGAUUUUCUCGGCCGAGAAGCCCCGUAAACACUUUUGGAAAUCAGUUGUAUGAUCGUAGACGCUUCAGGUUUGAAACCUACUAGGUCCCGUUCCGAAGUCCGUCUGCGAAAAAAGUGACUUCCCUUGUAAGCAUUUUCUGACUUUUUCAAUUUCAGGUCUGCAAGCAUCAGUUAGUCAAGAAGUCGCUGGUCCUUGAAACAAUGCUCCUUUCCGGCCUCAAAGAAGACCAAGAAGGCGUCUGGAACCUAUGCGACGAAGAUCCUGACGCAGUAGAAGCCAUGUUGAAACACAUUUACAUGAACACGAAGAUUGAUAGUUUCAAGUUAGCGAGCAGUGUGAUCCCUUUGGCACAUCGAUAUGAUCUCCAGGACCUAAAGGUGAGUGGAUUUUGGUUAGAAAUCAAUUAACUGUCCGCCAGAGCCUCCGCCAAAUUUUAAAUCCGAAAUCAAGGCUUAGAAUUCCUUUGAGAUACUCGAUUUACAAUUCGACUUUAACCCGAAUGUUUUUGAUCAGAUUCACGUUUUUGCAAUGAACACACUUUGACCAUUUUCGAAACAAAAUUAUUUUCAGAACGAAUGCGAACUCGUACUGCUGGAAAAAGUGACACUGGAAAGUGCUGAACAAGCUUUCUACCUGGCCAAAAAAUUCGAUUUAAACUUGUUGCUCAUCAAGAGCUGUCAGAUCAUUUACUUUGAAACUCAUCUUGAUGGUGGGACCCUGCCAUUUGAACCAAUCCCCAAAAAAAAUUUAUUUUUAACACUUAACGAUUUAAAGGAAUUUCAACUUUUUCCGUGGACGAUCAACUUUACCGAAGACGAUGUUGUCAGGGUCCGAAUUAAAUACAUGCGCCGCCGCUUAAAUAUGAACUCGCGCGCGCGCAAUUCCUUUCUAUUUGAGCCAUGUGACAAACUUUCCCAUGAUUUGUUUUCGGUGGAGUGCGGCCUCCGCCAUAAACGAGAUGGUAAUGGAUUUUGUCACGAAGUUCAUGACGGUGAUUUUGAACUUACCUUUCGAAAGAACAGCAGAGACUCUCCUGAACGGACUGAGGUCAUCGUUUGGAAUUACACAGAUGAAAAACAGCAGAAACGUGAAUUAUAUCUUAAUUUUUGUUAUUACCUUCCGACCAGAGGAUAAUGCAACUCAUGUUUGUACCAAUUUUUUCUUUAACGAACUAAAUUUUACAAAAGUAACAAUAAAUAUCAUGGCUAACCAUAUACACAGUUUGAGGCUUCUGAACUGUGGCGCCUCGCACAUGGAGAAAACAAAGGUGUCGCGACACUUGCGGGCAACCACUUUGCGGGCAAAAUUUGGGGGGUCACAUUUGCGGGCAGCUGAAACAUUUGCGGGCAGCUGAGACACUUGCGGGCAACCUUGGACAUUUGCGGGCAGCCGACAUUUGCGGGCAACCGGCACCUGAGGGUAACAGGGUAGAGGUGGAAAUAUUACUGCGAUAUUUUGGAAAUUUGCCGACAUUUGCGGGCAGCCGACAUUUGCGGGCAACCGACAUUUGCGGGCAACAGGAAAAAACAAUCACACAGACUGUAUAGGAACUUUUGGAACUGUUGCCCGCAAAUGUCGGCUUCCCGCAAGUGUCGGUUGCCCGCAAAUGUCGGAAAACUUCCAAAAUAUCGCAGUAAUUUUUCCACCUCCACCUUGUUAUCCUCAAUUGCCGGUUGCCCGCAAAUGUCGGCUGCCCGCAACUGUCGACCCUGCCCGCAAAUGUCCCAGGCUGCCCGCAAAUGCCGGUGCUGGCCGCAAAUGUCGGCUGCCCGCAAAGUGGCUGCCCGCAAAAUAUUUGCCCGCAAAGUGGUUGCCCGCAAGUGUGCGCCCGCCAAAACAAAAAAAUUUCUAAAUAAAAAUUUUUACUUUUUAUCAAACACUCAUCUCAAAUUAGCGCUAAAGUAAGAUAUUCUCCAAUUUGGGCAACUCUGCGUCAAAAAUGGUAUAACGCGUUGAACCCCAGUAAUUUCCAUCUUCUUUUCGAUAUUCGCACCCAGCCGUACUCGAACCCGGGUUGCUGGAUUGGCACUAACUACUCUACCACUAUAUUUGUCGAAGUUUUUUUGAUGGCCUCUAUAGAGCAGAGUUUUAUGCUAAUUCAGUAAAAUCGCCUGUGAAAUUUCAGAAAGGAAAAUUUUAAAUAUUGUAUCUAAAGAUACGAUAUUACGGUAUUACUUGAAUAUGCCCUGAAGUAUCAGUGAUCGGUUCGUAGAGUGACUUGAUGACGUAAUCCGUAAGAGAAAAUAGAGGUCAUUGCCUUGGCGUCUCAAAUCGAAAGCGCAGCAUUUAUAAACCCAGCUUUGGUCAUGGAGGAGACACGACGACAACUCCUGGAACGCAAGAUAAUGGAACUUCGGAGUAAGUUACCGUAAAAUUUACUAUUUUUAUUUGAUAAUCUUUGUUAAACAGCCUUAUUUUGUGUGUUUUAGGUAAUGUGGAGAAAUUAAUCCCGUUUGAGGACAAGUUUUUCAACGAGCCCAAAGUCAGCGAUCUGAAAGUCAAAGUUGGAGACAAGACGUUCCAUGUACGAUCUUCGCUCUAAGCAUUUUCUGACUUUUUCAAUUUCAGGUCUGCAAGCAUCAGUUAGUCAAGAAGUCGCUGGUCCUUGAAACAAUGCUCCUUUCCGGCCUCAAAGAAGACCAAGAAGGCGUCUGGAACCUAAGCAACGAAGAUCCCGACGCAGUAGAAGCCAUGUUGAAACACAUUUACAUGAACACGAAGAUUGAUAGUUUCAAGUUAGCGAGUAGUGUGAUCCAUUUGGCACAUCGAUAUGAUCUCCAAGACCUAAAGGUGAGUGGAUUUUGGCUAGAAAUUAGUUAACUGUAUGCCAGAGUCUCCGUCAAAUUUUAAAUACGAAAUCAAAGCUUAGAAUUCCUUUAAGAGAAUCGAUUUGCAAUUCAACUUUGACCCGAAUGUUUUUGAGCAAAUUUACGUUUUUGCAAUGAACACACUUUGGCCAUUUUCGAAACAAAAUUAUUUUCAGAACGAAUGCGAACUCGUACUCCUGGAAAAAGUGACACUGGAAAGUGCUGAACAAGCUUUCUACCUGGCCAAAAAAUUCGAUUUAAACUUGUUGCUCAUCAAGAGCUGUCAGAUCAUUUACUUUGAAACUCAUCUUGAUGGUGGGACCCUGCCAUUUGAACCAAUCCCCAAAAGAAAUUCAUAUUUAGCAAUUAAAAAUAUACGCGAAUUUCAUCUUUUUCCGCUCACGAUCAACUUUACCGAAGGCGAGUUUGUCAAACUCCGAAUUAAAUACGUGCGCCGCGGCUCCUUUCUAUUUGAGCCAUGUGACAAACUUUCCCAUGAUUUGUUUUCGGUGGAGUGCGGCCUCCGCCAUAAACGAGAUGGUAAUGGAUUUUGUCACGAAGUUCAUGACGGUGAUUUUGAACUUACCUUUCGAAAGAACAGCAGAGACUCUCCUGAACGGACUGAGGUCAUCGUUUGGAAUUACACAGAUGAAACACAACAGAAACGUGAAUUAUAUCUUUGUGUUUGUUAUUACGGUGGGAAAUACUAA